CUUGAUGCUAGUAGUUUGAACGCUUCGCGAGCAACGAGUCUGCUUUCGGCUUUUCGCUUCGAGACAUUAUGGGUUCUUUUCCUCAAACAGUUGUAUCAAUCUUUCGUAUAUUCCUAGCCGUGACGAUACCGCUGAUCUUCGUAGACGAAACAUAUUGCGCCGAAGAUAAACAUUAUUGGUAUCAGUCAGCAAACCUGGACUUGAAAGAAUCAUUGUCGUACGCGUGGAAUACAAAUACAGCCAAGAACGUGAUCAUAUUUCUCGGAGAUGGUAUGAGCCUCGAAACCAUCGCAGCGAGUAGGAUCUACAAUGCCGGAGAGGAGAGUUAUCUCGCGUGGGAGAAAUUCCCUCACAUCGCCGUGACGAAGACUUACGACUCAGACAAGCAAGUCCCGGAUUCCGCCUCUACCGCCACUGCAGUCUUUUGCGGUGUUAAAACGAACUACAAAGUCACCGGCGUCGAUAGUAACGUACCGCUGAACGAUUGCGAAGCGAGUCUCAACGAGGAUUAUCACGUCGAUUCAAUCCUGGCCUGGGCUCAAGCUGCUGGUAAAGACACAGGAUUCGUCACGACAACGAGAGUUACUCACGCUACUCCGUCGGCACUCUAUGCGCACUCGGCCAGCAGAAAAUGGGAAUGCGAAGCUAAUAUGCCGGCCAGCGCCGCUAAGUGUAAAGAUAUAGCGAGGCAACUCGUCGAGAAUAAGCCGGGCAAGGAUAUAAAGGUUAUUAUGGGAGGUGGCAGACAACAGUUACAAAGUAAUUCCACCGGUUUGCAAAAUGACGAGGUAAAUACUUGGAGUUGCUACAGGCAGGAUGGGAGAAAAUUAAUAGACGAAUGGGCCGCGGACAAGACUGCAAGAAAUUUCUCGAAUGUUGUUGUUCAGAACAACGAAGAAUUGUUCAGUGUUGAUACGGAAAAUACUGACUUUCUUAUGGGCAUAUUCAACAAUGCUCACUUGAGCAUGGAUUGGAACAGAGACACCGGUCCCAAAGGACAGCCAAGCUUGGAAAACAUGACGGUUGCAGCUAUAAAAAUUCUUCAGAAAGCAGAGAAGGGAUUCGUGCUUGCGGUCGAAGGGGGUUUAAUUGAUUAUGCACACCAUCGUGGACAUGCUGCGCAAGCAUUAAGAGAGACAAUCAGAUUUUCUGAGGCAGUAAGUGCUACCUUAAAACUUAUUGACACCACUGAAACUUUGGUCAUUGUCACGAGCGACCAUGGUCACGCCAUGACAUUCAAUUCAGGUGCCGACAGAGGACAAGACGUUCUUGGAAUCGCCGCAAAUUCAGAAUACGACAACAUUCCCUUUACGGUAUUGAGCUACAGUACAGGGGGUCCAAACAACAUGGCUUAUGAAGUUUAUAACAGCACCACGGCUAUCAGGAAGGAUCCUUCUUUGGAGAAUACCACUGAUUUCACUUACAGUCAACAAGCUGCUAUAGUAACUGAUGAGGCCCAACACAGCGGAACUGAUACGCUUGUAUACGCCAUAGGGCCGUACGCCCAUCUGCUGCACGCUACACACGAGCAAAAUUACAUAGCCCAUGUCGCAGCUUAUGCAGCAAAGAUUGGUGAAUACUACAAUAAUUCUAGUUCGAAUUUUCAAGCCUACCCUUUCAUCUUCCUGACAACGUUGAUACCCAUUUUGCUACCAAGAUUACAUAGAUAAACAAUUGAUGGAAUUAACGGAAGUUAUGCAUACACAUUAGGGUGGUCCUCAUUUAGAAUGUUGACGAAUUUAUUCCGGAUCACCCCACCAAAUCAAUUAUAAAUAAUUCAAAAACAAUUUACAAUUUUUUCAAAUUUUUAUAUCAACUGUAACCCGUGCCUGUAAGAGGAAGGAUUUCCCAAUUUAAAAUACAUGUGUUUCGGACACGUUCUUAGUAUAUAUUUUACUCUAAGAGUAAUAAUGUUCGAAACAAUCCAUGAAUGUGAGGUUCUAAUGAGCAUUAGUGCUA